AAUGUGUAAGAGAGAGAGAGGAGAAUAGAGAGUAAAGAGAGCUCAAAACAAGGCAUGGGGUUCUUGAAUUCAAGAAACUAGCUCACCAGAAACUACAAUUAUUCAUCACAUGAGCCAUGAAACUUAGAGAGAGAUAGAGGGAGAGACAGAGUUUACGUGGGUAACAAGGUUGGAUAAUGAAAGAGUAAGAUGUGCAAUCUACUCCCGCGGGAGUAUACUAUCUUUUGGCUUCUGGUAUUCCAUGGUGCAAGUCCUCCGUGCCUCCUUUGCAACAAAGCCCGCUUAUUGGUGCCAUUAAAUCCGCAGGAGAAUAUCCAAAAUGACGGCCAUUGCUUCUCUCUUUCCCCCUCCCACUCUCUGCUCCACUACUCAGCUCUCCCAAUUUUCGAGAGAGCGGUUUCUAGGCUUUUCUCGAAAAUCUCUUGUGGAUAAGAAGGAGAGAAAAAACCCAAUGUCCACCAACUAUUCUCUUUCUAUUAUUUGUGGAAUUUUACCAGUGGAUCCAUGGGCACCCACCAUUGAUUCUCAGAGCAUAGCUUCUCAGUUAUUUGCAGCUUCCCUGUUUCCAUAUAUUGGUUUUCUUUAUUUUAUCACCAAGUCAAAUUCUUCUCCCAAGCUAACCCUCUUUGGUUUCUACUUUCUACUGGCAUUUGUGGGAGCUACAAUACCAGCUGGAAUCUAUGCAAAAUUGCAUUAUGGGACUUCACUGUCGAAUGUCGAUUGGCUACAUGGGAGUGCUGAAUCACUGCUCACACUUACAAAUUUGUUCAUUGUGCUGGGGUUAAGAGGCGCAUUGAGAAAAUCUAAGGAUGGAAAAAAAUGCACCGAGUCUGUACUUCAAUCUGAUGUCAAAGAGGAGAAGCAAACAACUUUAUAGGAAGGCAAGAAGGGCUCCAGGUCUUGACUGCUGACAUUAGUGCACUACAAUGAUGAUCUCUUGGGCAGGAGUGCUGGGAAAGGGACUGAUUGAGACUCCUUGAUGUAAUUAGAAUAUAGUAGGCCCUCAAAAGUAGUAGGUAAAUUGGGUCCCAAUGGGUUGACACUCAGGGGUAAUCUUCUAAGGCUUUGGCUAUCCCUCAAAAAAUCUUCUAAGGCUUUGGCUAUCCCUCAAAAGGACUUUUUGCAGACUCUUAAGUGUUUAGUUAUACUUCUGAAGUUGCUGCAUUAUCCUCCUAGAGUUGGGUAUCUACUCCAUGUAAUUAUCAUACUUGAGGCGUCCACAAAGAUUACUUAAGGAUAUUCCUACCUUGCCAGAGUAAUGAUUUUGGUGCAGUAUUAUGUUCUAUGUAUAGCUUAAGUAGGUAGUAUAAGAACUUAACAAAAUUAAAUAAACCUUCAAGUAAUGCAGAACAAUGAAAUAGAAGAGAUCAAAGUAGAAGGUCAUCCUAGCCAGGGAUGCAGCCUAUUUUGCCCAAGUCGGAGCUGCACUAGCAAGACAAGCAUUUAGGACAUGUCUGCCAUCUAGCCAGACAUCUAGCAAGGCAAGCAUUUAGGACAUGUCUGUAUAUCUUGCAAGGCAAGCAUUUGGCGCCAGUGACUGAAUAUGAUAUGCCUCAAACAAUGAGAAAACUCCAUGGUUAGUUGUUCAAUCUUGUAAAUUACAUCCGCUGUCUUAGAAAUGGACCUAUCCAUAACUAAAGGAAGAAAGAAGUCGAUCCUGGCCCACCUAUCAAUCUUAAUCAUUAAAUUUUUUUUGAGUGGUUCCAUCCAAUCAUUAUAUUCUUCCUACAUAGGGUUCCAAAGCCCAACAAAGCCCAAAUUCAAGCAAUGCCCUAUCCAGAGGAACAGAUAUGCUAAUGACAAAAUCGUGUUUGAUUUUAAAGAAAGUAGUGACUGUUCCUAUAGAUUAGACUGAGUAUAAAAGCAUGAUCUUCCAUACAGGCAUCGCUACUAUCCACUUAUUGCAUGUUAUGGUUGAACUAGCCAAAACAAAAGGGAACUGUUAUGCUACUAUCCACUUAUUGCAUGUUGGGACGCGGUUAGCAUGCGGCCAGCCCGCAUAUUGUAGAAAUGCAGGCUUGGCA